AGAAGACCCACAAACACCACGCGCAAGCGCGUGACAGGGUUACGUCAUCCAUGUCGUGAUACCCCAUCGAUGCGCAACGAGGCGUCUACACGCAGCACUUCCAGCAGCAGCUUCGUAAACAUCUUGUUGCAGUGAUGACGGCCUCCACCGAGAUCGUGAGGGAGGACUCGCCGCUCCUGCGGGUUGAUGAGGGGUCUAAUGUCGUUACCUUCGGCCAUGACGACCAAGAAGACCCACGCAACUGGCCUUCGCUGCGCAAAUGGCUGAUGGUAGCAGCCAUUAUACCCAUUGAUCUCAGCGUCAGUUGGGGUGCUUCAGGGUUCUCCCCAGUCGCUGGCGAUUUCGCAAAGGACAUGGAUGUUCCAGCUCACGUCGCCACCUUAGGAUUGAGCAUGUACAUUCUAGGUCUGGCUUUUGGACCAAUGACGCUGGCGCCACUAUCUGAAUACUACGGACGACGACCGGUGUACAUCUUUUCUUACGGCACUUUCUUGCUGCUACUACUGGCAACUACCUACGUCGAGAGCCUUGUGCCUUUCCUCGUGCUGAGACUGCUUUCUGGAUACUUCUCGUCUACCACCAUCUCGAAUUUCGGCGGCACCAUCGCUGAUCUUUGGCACCACAAUGACACCGGGCCUGCAAUGUCGUGGUUCUUGUGGGCUGCCACAGGCGGCUCGCCCACGGGCUUCGUGCUUUUCUCAUUCAUCGCGCAUGGAAGGACGUGGCAUGAAGUGUUCCGAGUCAUGUUCUUCAUUUGCCUCUCAUUCUGGAUCAUCCUGGUCAUCGCAUUAUAUUCUCUUGGCGAGACUCGGCACAGUGUUCUUAUACUGAAGAAGGCGAAGAAAUUAAGACAAAGCACUGGAAAUGAUGCGAUCGAAGUUCCAGACGAACUGAAGCAGCGGGGACCCAAGCAGCUAUUCGGCACAGCACUUGCUCGACCUUUCCGCUUCCUGGGGACGGAAGCUAUCGUGCAAUUCGGUGCGUUGUAUAACGGUUUUCUUUAUGGUCUCUCCUUCCUAUUCAACGGAGCAUUCCACAUGAUCUUCGGGCCCAGCGGCUACGGCUACGAUACUAUCGGGAUUGGCAUCUGCUUUCUGGGCAUCGUGUUCGGCAUCUGUUUUGGCCUCUUCACGAACAUAUUCCAAGAGCGGUACUACCAACGGCAGGUAGCAAAGUCUGGUCAACGCGAUGUUCCAGAAGCACGAGUGUACCAUGCCAAGCUGGCUGCUCUGGUGUUGCCCAUCUCGUUGCUUGCAUUCGCCUUCACAGCCACUCCAGAUGUCCACCCGUUCUUUCCGGUCCUUGCAUCCGCCUUUUGGGGCUGGUCGUUCUACUGCCUCAUCCUGAUGACUUUGACAUACACGGAAGACGCCUACAAGACUUUCUCGGCAUCAGGUCUCGCAGGUGUGGGAUUGGUACGUAACCUGGCUGGCGCUGCAUUCCCGCUUCUGGGAAGGAGCUUGUUUCUGGGCGUUGGCACAAGGAACGCUUGCCUUGUUCUGACUGGCCUGGCCGUUGUUUUGGCACCAAUACCUUUUGUACUGGAGAGGUACGGAGUAUCACUCCGCAAACGCAGCCCAUGGGCCACGGCGCACGAGGACGAGAGCGACGACGAGGAAGCAUGAGGCAAGAAUUUCUUGACACGUUGAUUCAUGAUGCU